GUUCGGUGUUUUGUAGUACAACCGGAUUGAAUUUAAAGGUGAUAGAAUGGGUUUGUUGCUUGAAUUAUGAUUUCUAAAGUAUCUCAUUAUCAAAAGUCAUUAACUUUAUAGUAGUAAUUUCUAUUAUUAUGUUAUUAUUGGAUUAAUUUGUAAAGUGUAGCAAUCAAAUCAUAAAUAUGGAGAGAGAUGCUUUAGAAAAUGAAUUUUACAAGCUUAGAAAUGAAUUGAAGGUUGCUAGAAGUGAAAUUUCUAACUUAAGGCAACAGAUUCGUUCCUUAAAGUACACACAAGACAAGCACAUUGAAGAAGUACAAUCUAAAAUUAACAAUUGGAAAUGUCUUGAUUGUAAAUUGAACGAUAAAUCUUCCUGUAAUGUUUUACAAGAAGACGAAAAUGAUAAUAUUGUUCUGGAACCAAUAGGUUAUAUUUCAACAGAAUUUCCAGUCAAAAAAGGAAUCCCUCGACAGCCUACACUUUGCCCACAGUUAUUAGGAAAGCUCACAAUUUCCAAAAAUGUGUUUACGAAUCCUGAACAUGCGUUAGAGGGACUUAUUGAAUAUUCACACAUGUGGAUUUUAUUUCACUUUAAUCGUAAUGAAAGCAAACAUGCCUUAGCUAAAGUUUCACCCCCAAGGUUAAAAGGUGACAAGACAGGGGUGUUUGCUACUAGAUCUCCUCAUCGACCAUCUCCGAUUGGACUGUCUCUAGUUCGAAUACAUUGCAUAGAAGGUUCAACAAUUUACUUUUCUGGUGUUGAUAUGCUUGAUAAGACUCCAGUUCUUGACAUUAAACCUUAUAUACCUCAAUAUGAUGAUCCAUCAGAGCAAGAAUUAGAAAUAAACAGAGAUUUACUUGGUGUUAAAAACAUGACAGUGCCACCUGGAUCUCCUGGUAUUUAUCCAGGAAACAGAGAAGAUCCUGAUGGUGAAGAAUCUGAUGAAGAACAAGUUAUGAAGUCAUUAGUUCAUCCAUUGCCCCAGAAUGUUCGCGUGCCUUCAUGGGUUAUGACCUCUUCUCCUAAAGCUAUAACUUUAACUAAUGAAGCUGAAGAACAACUUAAUAACCUUGGUAAAGCUGAAUUAAAACCUGUUAUUCAAAGGAUUCUGAAAGAAGAUCCACGUUCAACCUAUAUCAAACAACGAUAUUCCAAUCAAUUUUAUACAUUCCUUAUUUCAGACCUUCACAUAAGCUGUAAAUUUGAUGAUUCUGCUAAUUCAGUAAAUGUAUAUAGAAUAAGUAAAGCUACAAGACUUAGCGGUGAAGAAGAUGACUCUCAGGAAAAAUGUUAAAUAUAAUAAUGAUACGUCUAUUAAUGUCCCUUUCUCCCUUUUCUAUUUUAUUGCCUGAUUGUCUUUCAAAAUAUUAAAAGAAACUUUGUUGAAAACUCUUUGUUCCUUUUCUAGCGUAGUAGUAUCUUGGUCUGUAAAGCCUGUAGGGCAACACUGUCUGUUUUUCCAGACUUCAUAUUACCAUCCAGAGUUGAUAUGAUCCUUGAUAUCACCUCUCCUAUCAUGCGAUUCGGCCUCAACUCAAAAUUCACAAGGAUGUGAAAGUAAGUCUUGGUUGGAAUAAGGAGAAAAAAGAUGCCCAUAGUAUAUGACACUUGUUCUAGUCUUUAUGAAGGGGCUCUGUUGUUCAUUUCUUGUUCUCUUGAUAUUAACUUAUCCAUUUUUCUCAAAAGCUUAGUUAUGUGUUAUCUUAAGUAGUGUUACCAACUGAUGUAAAUAUAUUGCAGUCAGUGAUGAUAGUUUAUUCCAUAAUUUAUAUUUUUUAAUUUUUUCAACUUUACAUUUUUAGAUUUAUGAAAAUGACUGUUAAUUAUUUUUUUUACCUUUCAUUUACUGUUCAUUAUUUAUUUCAAAUAAAUAAAUUUGUUUAUUGUUUUUUA